GACUUCCAGGAAACUUUUGGCCAAGAGUCGCCGGCCGGCUUGCUGCUGCAGCAACCCCGGGACUUUGCCAGGGGGAUUUGCAUUUUGCAUUGCAGCCUCCUUCCCCGCCUUCCUGUCGCCUCUUUCCUUCCCCGCCCCUGCCUGGCCUGAUCUCGCUUCCGGAGGUGCGGGAGAUGCUCCAGAAAGCGGCCUUCUCUGCAGGGAGGUUGGCCAGGGAGAGGCAUUGACCGAGACGCAGCGGCUCCAAAGGGAAGAAAGCUAUAAGAUGGAUGACUGCAUAGAGACGCUGAAGGAUGAAGAGGAUGCUAUGUGGGAGAAUGUGGAAUGCAAUCGGCACAUGUUGACCCGCUACAUCAACCCAGCCAAGCUGACCCCCUACUUGCGUCAGUGUAAGGUCAUUGACGAACAGGAUGAAGAUGAAGUGCUCAACUCUCCCAUGCUGCUCUCCAAAAUUAACCGAGCAGGCCGGCUACUGGACAUCCUUCAUACGAAAGGAGAAAGGGGCUAUGUGGUUUUCUUAGAAAGCUUGGAGUUCUCCUACCCGGACCUCUACAAAUUGGUGACUGGGAAGGAGCCAACACGUCGGUUUUCGACCAUUGUUGUAGAGGAAGGCCAUGAAGGUCUCACCCACUUUUUGAUGAAUGAGAUCAUUAAGCUGCAGCAACAGGUCAAGACCAAGGAUGCUCAGCGGUGUGAACUCCUGGCCAAAUCCCGCCAGAUGGAGGAUGAGACAAAACAGAUGAAACUCAACAAGAUAGAGCUGCUGACCUUCCAGGAGAGGUACAACAAGAUGAAAGAAGAACGGAACAACUACAACGAUGAGCUAGUCAAAGUGAAGGAUGAGAACUACAACCUGGCGAUGAGGUAUGCCCAGCUGAGUGAAGAAAAGAACAUGGCUGUGAUGAGAAGCCGAGACCUUCAGCUAGAGAUUGACCAGCUGAAGCACCGGUUGAAUAAAGUGGAAGAGGAGUGCAAGCUGGAGAGAAACCAGUCCCUGAAGCUCAAGAAUGACAUCGAGAACCGGCCCAAGAAGGAGCAGGUGCUGGAACUGGAGCGGGAGAACGAAAUGCUGAAGACGAAGAUCCAGGAGUUGCAAUCCAUUAUUCAGGCUGGGAAACCUGGGCUGCCUGAUUCAGAUAAAGCUAUUUUGGACAUCUUGGAGCACGACCGCAAAGAGGCGCUAGAGGAUCGCCAGGACUUGGUCAACAAGAUCUUCAAUCUCCAGGAAGAGAUCCGGCAUGCAGAAGACCUCCGAGACAAGUACCUUGAAGAGAAACAAGAGCUGGAGUUAAAAUGCUCGACUCUGGGGAAAGACUGCGAAAUGUAUAAGCAUCGAAUGAUGACGGUGAUGAUUCAGCUGGACGAAGUGGAGAAGGAAAGAGACCAGGCCUUCCGUUCUCGCGACGAGGCCCAAACGCAGUACUCGCAGUGCCUGAUCGAGAAGGACAAGUACCGGAAGCAGAUCCGGGAGCUGGAGGAAAAGAGUGAUGAACUGCGGAUUGAGGUUGUUCGGAAAGAAGCUUGCGUCAUUAACCUAGAAAGCAAACUCCGGCGUCUCUCGAAAGACAGCACCUAUGAACAGAGCUUACCAAGGAACCUGCCCUUCACCAUAAUCUCUCAGACUCCAGAAGCACCCUGCCCCAAAAUAAAUGGCCAAGAGGCUGAUGACUCCUCAACCUCUGAGGAAUCUCCUGAAGACAGCAAAUUUUUCCUCUCAGAUCAGCCUCGAUUUAAAAGACGGAUGAACCUGAAGGGAAUCCAGUUGCCACGGACGAAAUCCCCUGUCAACAUGAGCAAGGCAUCAGAUUUUCAAGCGGUUCGAGGCUACGAAGAGGACCGGGCUGAGGCUGGCCACAGUCACACAGAUACCUGUUCCUCUCAUCCGAUUUCCAUCAGUAACUCGGCGUGCAGCUGUGAAGUCGGCAAAAUUCAAACCCUUCGAAACCGCAACCCCAGCAUUAUGUCCACAACCCCAGAGCCACCAGGGAAUGAUUCCAUUGUCCGCCGAUGCAAAGAGGAUGCUCCCCCUAGUAGUCUGACGGAAGACGACAAUGACAGUUUCAUCUACGACGUGUCAGAGCUGGAAGAUGACUUUCAAGACAGAUGUUCAUACGGACCUGCCUCGUUGCCAUCUUCUACAUCUUCCCACCAGUCUGAGGGGCUCGAUCUGGAGCAAGUCAACUCCAUUUUCAGGAAGUUCUCCCUGGAAAGGCCAUUCCGCCCCUCGGUAACAUCUGUCGGGCGCUUCCACAACACGUGCCACACCGUCCAACACGUCAUUCUGAGUGGAGACAGUUUGAGUUCAGAGAUCUCUGUGCUCGGGGGCAACAUGAAAGGCAGCUUCGUCAAUUCUGUCAAAUUUGGGUCCUUGGCAGAGACAGCAGGCCUCCGGGAGGGACAUCAGCUGCUUCUGAUGGAAGGCUGCAUCAAAGGGGAAAAUCUGAGCGUUCCCUUGGAUACCUGUACAAAGGAAGAGAUUCACUGGAUAAUUCAGAGAUGUAGUGGCCCCGUUACGCUGCACUGUAGAUUGAAUCACGAAGGCUACAGGAAGCUGCUUUCUGAGAUGGAAGAAGGCCUGGUUGUCUCUGGGGACUCGUUCUACAUCCGCCUGAACCUGAGCAUCUCCAGCCAAAUGGACUGCUGCUCCCUCUCGGUGAAAUGCGACGAGAUCUUGCACGUCCUCGACACCAUGUACCAGGGAAAGUGCGAAUGGUUUUGUGCCAGAGUAGACCCCUUCACUAACAGGGACCUGGACACGGGGACCAUCCCCAAUUAUAGCAGAGCCCAACAACUCCUCUUAGUUAAGCUGCAGCGGCUCAUGAACAGAGGCAGCCGGGAUGAGACAGACAGUUCAUACGGGACCCUUCGAGCUGCUCGGAGCAUGCUGCAGCCAGAAGAGCACACGCCACCGAGCGACCCCAAAGCCAGCCCUCGUCUCUCCCGAGCCAGUUUCCUUUUGGGACAGAUUUUACAGUUUGUCAGCAGGUCCGAAAACAAAUUCAAGCGCAUGAACAGCAACGAACGAGUCCGCAUCGUCACUUCAAGAGACUCUCGGGCCCGGCCAGAGGCGCAGCUGGUGACCAAGGCACUGAUUGAUAGGUUUGAAGAGUUUGACUCGGUGAGCGAAAUCAACAGGAGCUUAAGCCUGGUCCCAUACAGUUCUGUGAGGCCCACCCACUGCGACCACCGGCGGCCGGUCCUCUUCACUCCGACGAUGCUCUCGAAGACCUUGAUCCAAAAGCUUCUGAACUCUGGCGGUGCCUUGGAAUUCAACUUGUGCAAGCCAGAGAUCAUAACCAAGGAAGAAUUCUUGAGGAGAAACCAACAUGAAACGAUAAUCUACUCCCGAGAGAGGAAUCCGCACACCUACGAGUGUAUUUUCCCUGCAAACAUUGAGGCUGUUGCUGCCAAGAACAAGCAUUGUCUUCUUGAAGCUGGGAUCGGCUGCACAAAGGAUUUAAUCAAAGCCAAGAUCUACCCCAUUGUAUUCUUUAUUAGAGUCUCUGAAAAAAAUAUCAAGAGGUUCAGGAAGCUGCUCCCGAAGCCGGAGGUGGAAGAUGAGCUUUUGCGGAUGGGCCGUCUGAAUGAGAAAGAACUGGAGGGCUUGCCCUGCUUGUACGCCUCUCUGGAAGCUGAUACGUGGAGUAGCAUAGAGGACCUCCUCCGGAUAAUCAAGGAAAAGGUUUGGGAAGAGCAACGCAAAACCGUCUGGAUCGACGAGGAGCAGUUGUGAAGUGGAGACCCACCCGGCCACAACUAGGACUUCUUCGUGACAUAACAGGAAGGCCACCAGAAUCUUGGAGAACCGCUCUAUGGCUGUGCCAGUUCGCCCUGAUCCAUCUUUCUUCAGCAGGUCCUCCCACCAAAUGGCAUAAUGUUGUGUGUCAGAGAAGAACAAAACUGAGUCUUUGGCAAAGGGCACCCCCAGAUGCCACCUUGGCCUCAUGACCAGGACUGUGCAGUGGAACCUCCUUCCUGUGCCAUGAGCGUCGUUCCUUUCAAGAUAGCAGCUGGUGAAUCCUGGUGAUCUCAAAGGUCAUCUUUGCCUAGGAACUUAAAAUCAGGCUAGGAGCUUGGACCGCAUGAAGGAGAUUUGGGGAGGCGCACCCACCUAUUAACCGAGAGCGAGAUGGAAGCCCACACGACUCACAUGGCAAAAGAAUGUUUUCCCUGACUGAGGUUCCAGGUUGCCCAGCAGUAGAGCUGCUCUUGAAACAUAGAUUCACUACACUGAUGUGUUAUUUUUAUACCAGUUUGGGUGAUACACUGUCCUGCAGUGAAUCCUGGAAGCUGUAAUUUGGAAAAGUGCUGAGUAUUGUCUGAGAUGCCUCCUCAGAAAGCUGCAAUUCACAGAGUUCUUUUGGGAGAUGGAAAGAGGAUCUAUAUUGAACUGUGUGGAAUAUUCUGUAAUUUCAGUUUUGCAGGCAGUAACUAGCGAUUUCAAAAAGGUAGGCAUCAAAGAAAUAAAUAAGACAUCCCACCCCCCAAAAAAA